GAAGAGCAGCCGCUGAUGGAGACGCAUCCACUACCGCCCAUCUGUCGGGAUCAAUAAACCAAUCACCUCAUCGAUCAUCUGGAAAUCCAAGUUCGGCUCGCAUCGCCGCGAGGACAUCGCAGCUCAAGUCGCGAGCGAACGACCGUUGAUGACGGAGGAGCCUCUCUGCGCUCGAGGUUAGCAGCUAGCUUUAGCUUCUCUCUCUCAGUUUACAGAAACUACGCCACUAAUCGAUCCAAUUGAUUGAUAGUGUGAUCGGUUUGAGUUGCGUGGGGACACACAGCUGGCGGUUCUCCAUCCCAUCCUUCCCAAUAUCCUGCUCAGGAGCUUCACUCACUCCGUGAUCGUAGCGCUGUCGUUCUGCACCGCGGCCGCCCCGGACCGGCCCGCCGCCUCCCCUGUCAGGCCGCGAGCCGCCAAAGCCAAUGGUAAGCACAGCGGGGCGACCUUAGAGCCGCAGACCCUGCACAGCCGCUGCGCUGCUUUCCGCUAUCGAGCCGACGAGUAUUACGAGGGAGGAGACGGUCCGGGACGCGGAGCCUCAACGCCAGCGAUGCCCGGAUCUUCGCCGGCCAGCAGCAAGGCUCGGGUUUACACCGACGUCAACACGCAGAAGAACCGGGAGUACUGGGAUUACGACGCACACGUGCCAAACUGGAGCAACCAGGACAACUACCAGCUGGUGCGCAAACUGGGCCGGGGGAAGUACAGCGAAGUGUUUGAGGCGAUAAACAUUACAAACAACGAGAAGGUGGUGGUGAAAAUCCUCAAGCCCGUCAAGAAGAAGAAGAUCAAACGGGAAAUAAAGAUUCUGGAAAACCUGCGAGGAGGAACCAACAUCAUCCGCCUGGUGGACACGGUCAAAGACCCGGUGUCCAGAACGCCAGCACUUGUCUUUGAAUUCAUCAAUAACACAGAUUUUAAGGAGCUGUACCAGAAGCUGACCGACUACGACAUCCGCUACUACAUGUAUGAGCUGCUCAAGGCUCUGGACUACUGCCACAGCAUGGGGAUCAUGCACCGGGACGUGAAGCCGCACAACGUCAUGAUCGACCACCAGCUGAGGAAGCUUCGUCUCAUCGAUUGGGGUUUGGCCGAGUUCUACCAUCCCGCUCAGGAAUACAACGUCAGGGUGGCGUCUCGCUAUUUCAAAGGCCCUGAGCUGCUAGUGGACUAUCAGAUGUAUGACUACAGUUUGGACAUGUGGAGCUUUGGCUGCAUGCUGGCCAGCAUGAUCUUCCUGAAGGAGCCGUUUUUCCACGGCCAGGACAACUACGACCAGCUGGUCCGCAUCGCCAAAGUUCUCGGCACCGACGAACUGUUCGGCUACCUGCACAAGUAUCACAUAGAACUGGACACUCGCUUCAAAGACCUGCUGGGACAGCAGUCGCGGAAGCGCUGGGAGCAGUUCAUCCAGUCGGAGAACCAGCACCUGGUGAGUCCGGAGGCGCUGGACCUGCUGGACAAGCUGCUGCGCUACGACCACCAGCAGAGGCUGACGGCGGCCGAGGCCAUGCGCCACGCCUACUUCUAUCCAGUGGUGAAGGAACAAGCGAACGCCAACACAGACGGCACAAAGGCAAUAAGCAGCUCCAAUGCAACAUGAUGACCAGACAGCAGGUAACCCACUGGUGGCCCUCUGGCAUGGACUAAUAAACGAGAAAUGCAGCUUUAAAAGCAGAAAACAUCACAAACGGGGGGAUAACUCUUCACACCUUCCUGUGUUUAACUCCAUCUGUUGUGACCAGAAGGUUUUAUUAAACGUGACGAAGCAAACCUUUGAAUUACAGGAAGAGGAGUUUCCACUUCUAGACGGAGGCGUUCUUAUUAGGAGACACAGAUCAACGGAAAACGACUAAUACAUGUUUCACCGUCCUGCUGCUGCAGCCAGUUUGUACCACAGUCCAGGAAAAGUUUAUUUAAUAUUAGAUUUAUCUGCAAACAUUCACCAUAUUCCUUUACUGAACUCAAAAAUCUGGUCAGUGAACGCACCAUGCCUACUGGAUCGCAUCGACAACAAUACGCCAAGAGUUAAUAUCUUUAUCUAAAUUAAUGCGUGAAUGUCCUGUCCUGUUAUUUAUAUUAGAAUCCAUCAUAUUAUUAUAUGUUAUGUUAAAUGCCACAUUUUAGCUCUUUAAAGGGUCAAAGCUCUACAUCUGGAUUCAUCUGAUUAUCUCUCCAGUUGAAGGUCCAAAUAAAAUCAGCUUGUUUAAUUAAUGAGCGGCGCAGCAAACAAGAGUUAUAAACACCAAAACAGGCGUUAUAAACACCAAAAGGAGUUAUAAACACCAAAAGGAGUUAUAAACACGAAAACGGGAGUAAUAAACACGAAAACGGGAGUAAUAAACACAAAAACGGGAGUAAUAAACACAAAAACGGGAGUAAUAAACACAAAAACGGG